GGUCAAAAAUCGCUCGAUCGACCGGAGAAGAAGCGAAAAGUGGCCAGUGAAGAGUCCGAACCUCCAAAAAAGGCCAAAGAAGCAGAAGCAGCGCAAGCUGAAGCUGAACACCUUGCCGAACCUGCUGAAGAAGAUAAAGAAACAGCAGCGGAAGUGUUGAAGAAAUUCGUAGAGCACGUAGAGAGAGUAGGGGCUGAGAUGCGUCCCCUCCACGAAUGGUGCCAGAAUUUCUCAUUGAGCCGUCGCCCGGCUGAAGCUAGGAAAAUGAUACAGGUGUGCCAAGGGAAACUGGUGGAAAUCAAGGAACAAGAAGGGAGGGUGAAUCGCCUCCAACUCGAGAUGGAGCGCAUCCACCGUAACCCGACCCUUUCCGCAAAACAACUCAAAACGGCCAACGAUGCAUUCGCCGAAUUUGCAAAGGAUUGGGCAGAAAUUGUGACAAAAAUAUCCGAGGCGCUGAAUGUAUUAUCUGGACAUUCGGAUCAAGAUGAAGAAGCUGUUGUGGCAAGAGGAAUUGAACAAUGGAUUGAAGGAUGUGAUAGGGUGUUGAACGAGAUGGGUAAGGCGAGCGUCUCCGAGCGGGCCCUCCGCGCCAAGAGAAUCAAAGAACAAUGGGAUCUCCAGAAUGCAAAUCUCACUUUCAUCCAAAAGGAUCACCUAAAACGGGCAAUCCUGACGAAAGGCGAUACUGACGACGUCAUCCAAAAGAUCGAGACGGCUCUAAAUGGCCCAUGGCAAUCUGUGGGGAUCAUCAGCAAGCUGAGGGAGGAUUUGGGGCGGAUUGAGAAGAUUUUGGAGACGUGCAGGGCGGAAAACCUUCCGAUCGUGGAGAAGAUGCUGGGAUCGGAUCCGGAAAUUGAGCAGGAGACGAUCACCGUCUGGCGUGAGCGUUGCGUGAAAUUGUCGACAGAUUGGACGACACUCAGCGAUAGUCUAGAAGAUACACUUUCUUGUGUCAAACGGGAACAGAAGAAAAGCGUACAGAAAGCGAUCGAUGAAGGGGAUCGAUUAUUAGAGACGCUGGAGAAAACGCUGGAGGAAAGUGAAUCUGCGGCCGAUGCCGAAUCGUUGAGUGAACAUUUGGAUCAAAUCGAAAGCCUGCUUGAGCAAGUGCCCGAUACAAGUCGACUCGAGCCCGUCGUCGAUGCAAUCGACGAGAACUUCGUGAGGGACAGCUGGCAGAGACAUUCGGCAUCAAGGGAUAAGAUCUCACAAAGGGCCAAAGAGCGUCUCCAGCAGAUUGCCGAGAAUGUCAAGCAGUGCGAGAGAAUGGAUGAGAUUGCGGCCGACCUCGACCGGUGGAUGCCCCGUUUUUGCGGGCUUUUGGCCGCCCGGAAAGGGGCUGAUAUCUCUGCCCUUGAUGUCCCUGAGGAAUAUAAGAAGCCCUUUGAGGCUGGCCAGCUGAUAGUGACGAUGCAAGAUGAGUACAGUGAGAUGGCUGGGAAGGUGGAAGAGAUGGAAAAGAUCGCAAGGGAUGCCCCACAAAAUGAGAGACUUGCCGAGCAACUGCAGCACGCACAGAAGCACUUUUCCGACGUAUCCGUCCGUUUCGCCGAGUUCAGACAGCCGGUCCAUUUUGAGGGUCGCCUCGAGAAAUGCGUCGAUCAAUUGGCCACCAUCGAGCAAUCUAUCGAUGAAAUGACAGGGAUCAAACUCGUUGCCCUUGACAAUGGAUAUCUCGAAGCAAAAGCUGUUGCUAAGAAGCUGGUCACGAUCGAUGAAGAUUUGAAAGAUUUGGAAGGGGGAAGAGAGAAGUUGAUGGCCGAUGGCAUUUUGGACAAAAAAGAAGCAGCCGAGAUUCGCGAUAAAAUCCACGGGGCGAGGCGGAAAACGAAAGAAUUGGGGUUGAGGGCAGAAGAAGCCGUCGAUCGACUCGAUGACUGCCGGAUUCUGGCGGAAAAGUUGAAGAAUGAGACCAAAUCGGUUGAUACGGUACUCGAGAGUUUGGAAACGAGACUGGAAGAAUAUGGACGGCAAGAGAGUAUGCUGGAUGAAGAGAAGAUCGAACAGAUGGUUAAUGAAUGGAAUAGAAACGAAUCCCUCCUCCUAUCCCUCGAAGAACUCGAACGAGUCCUAAAGGCAAAAGCCGUCGAUCUGGACACUCGAGCAUCAAGUGGAGAAAGACGGAGAAGAGCACAGGAACUCAAGACCCGUCUUGACGCCUGGAAUCUGACCGCCAGGGAGAUGAACGAUGAUGGGGAUGAGCUGCUCCUUGAGGUCGACGAGUUGCACGAGGAUUUGUUGAGGAAAUUGGACGAAGUCGAGGCUGAAGACGACCCCAAGGAGGUCAGUAUCAGCAUCUUUUCACUUUCAUGCUCU